AUGGGAACCACGUUCUUCCACCGAGGAGAGCCUCAACCUACCGAGGCGCCCUCCUCUAGUCCUCCCGUCAAUUUCGGCGAUCGAUUUCUUCACGAUGCGCACUUCCGCAACGUCAUCCUGAUCGUCGCCGCCGUCGUCCUUUUGUUCUUAGCUAUCCUAGUCAUUGCAGUCUUGAUCUGCGUCCUCCGCAGGCGCAAGCCAAAGGCGCGCGCUGAUGUGGAGUGCGGCCUCGAGGACCAGUCGGGGUUCAGGUCAAUCCCGCUUUACUGGAUCAAGGGUCCUGGGGCAACCCAGGUCCCUUCGUCACGUCCCCGGAAGCUGCAAAAGCCUAAUACUCGAUUGUGA